AUUUGACAGCAUAUAUUAUCAUCUCAACUCAAGUUAACAUGCUCCUUGCUUAUACAGAGAGAGAGAGAGUGAGAUGCCCUGAGAUAUGGUAACUGCAGGAAAUAUUCUAGCAGCUAAAAAUGUGGGCCACAGAGCAUUUGGAUUGCCACGAAUGUUUUUUUCUUGCUGAAACAGCAGGUGAAUUCUAGAGAAAAUGACACAUUUUCAUGCGACCAAUGAAGGUGACGAAUCUCUCUCUCUCUCUCUCAUAUAUAAAUAGCUCUGCAAUGCUUGCAUUUCUUCACAAGUGGCAACUACACAACUGCAAACUCGACCUCGUUCAUGGACAACAGGAACAAAUGUGCAGCCUGCUACAGGCAGUUCAAUAAGAUGGAACAUCUUGUUGAACAUAUGAGGAUUUCAUAUCACUCAAAUCAUGAACCCCUUUGUGGAAUCUGCCACAAGCAUUGUCGCUCUUUUGAAUCUCUCAGAGAGCAUCUCAUAGGACCUUUGCCUAAAGCAGAAUGCGAGAGGAUAUUCAAGGAACGAGGAUGUGACAUAUGCUUGAAUAUUUUCAGCAGCCGCUACGCUCUUCAGCACCACAGAGAUAAAUGCCAGUUUUCGCGGGGAAACAAUGGUAUCCUAUAUAGAAUGGCUAACCUGGGAAUUCAAGAUGAUUUGAGGAUAGACAACAGCAGAGGGAAAGUGGUUUCCCUGGCUUGCAAAAUGGUGGGUGGAGGCUGUGACGGCUCUUUGGACCUUUGCGCGAGGGUUUGUCUUCUUGAUGAGAAUGAAAAGGUUAUCUUCCACACCUAUGUCAAGCCAAACCUUCCUGUCACAAAUUACAGGUACGAGACGACAGGCAUCAGGGCGGAAUAUUUGAGGGACGCGACGCCGGUGAGGCAAGUUGGGAGGAAGAUUCAAGACUACUUGUGCAAUGGGGAGCCAAUAUGGCAAAUCCGGUCUAGAAGUGGGAAAGCUAGGAUUCUUGUAGGCCAUGGGCUUGAUCAUGAUUUGAAAUGCUUGGAAGUAGAAUAUCCUGAAUUCCUCAUCAGGGAUACAGCAAAAUAUCCACCAUUGAUGAAGACGAGCAAGCUGAGCAACUCACUCAAAUAUCUAACAAAAGCAUAUCUCGGAUAUGACAUUCAGAGCGGCGUGCAAGAUCCGUACGAGGACUGUGUUGCAACGAUGAGGCUGUACAAGAGAAUGAGAUCACAAGAUCAUCGGGUCGAGAGUUAUCCGUUGGCUUCAGAUCAACAGAAUCGGAAUAACUUCGCAUCGUGGAGGCAAAGUGAGCUAGAGAGAAUGAGCCCAGAAAAGAUGCUGGAGAUGUCAAGAUCUGAUUAUUAUUGUUGGUGUUUGGACUCCAAAUGAAUACUCCACAACAAAUUAUAUUUCAACUAUUUACUAUAUGUAUAAUCACUAUUUAUUUCUUUUUCUUCUUGAGGAUUUAUAUUAUAUGUAGUAUCAGAAGAUUCAAUAAUGGGAAUGCUUGCUAUGUGCACUUCAUUGUUUCUAUUUUCAAUGGAAAGAGUAUUUCCUAGA